UCAUGCUGCUGCCAGGUCCAGAGUCUCUCAUGGGUCCCUGUACGGCCUCCCAUUGCUGCUGUCUCCAUCGCCACACUCUGCCAUGUGCCACUUUCAGGUCUCCUCACACUGCUGGUGUGUUCCAUUUUUUUGUCAUAGGGUGCUGGCAGAUUACGGGCCUCCCAUAGCUGCUGCCAGGCCCCUAAUCUGCCAUGGGCCCCUAUACCGCCUCCUCAUGCUGCUGCCAAGUCCAGAGUCUCUCAUGGGUCCCUGUACGGCCUCCCAUUGCUGCUGUCUCCAUCGCCACACUCUGCCAUGUGCCACUUUCAGGUCUCCUCACACUGCUGGUGUGUUGAAUUUUUUG